AUGCUUAUCCGCGCGCUGCUCCUCUGCGCGAUCUCCGCCGCGCGCGGCAGCGAGGAGGCGGCCAGCGGCGACGUCACCAACGACUGGGACACGUAUUCCUACGCCUACUACGACUACGCUGAGGACACCUGCGCCUUCCACUGCCCAACCUCGUACCUUGGUGACGGUGAGUGCGACGCGGACUGCAACAACCCCGCGUGCGAGUGGGACAAAUCGGACUGCUUCCACGGGUACGGCGACUGCUACACCCAGGCGGACGGCUCCGACUACCGCGGCGCCAUCAACCAGACCGAGGACGGCCUCGCUUGCCAGGCGUGGUCCGACCAGAUGCCGCAGAGGCACGACAGGAUCCACCUCAACUACCCGCACGGGGGGCUCGGUGGGCACAACUCGUGCCGCAACCCGGACGGCGAGGCGCGGCCGUGGUGCUACACCACCGACCCAGACACCCGCUGGGCGUACUGCGCG